UUUCUUUUGUUUUCUGCAGGGCUACAGGAUCCAUCGUUCACCUCCCCUGUGGGCGUGGGACAGCAUCCCUCCUCCACAGGUAGUCUGGGGCCCUCUGAAGGCUCUUGGGUUGCUCAUCUUUUGGGGAUCAAUUGGAAGCAGAGGCAGCAUCCAUUUUUUGCCCUGUCUUUGGAUGCCCCUUCCACAGAGGUGUUCAAGAUCAGGCUGGAAGGGGCACUAGGCAACCUGAUCUGGUGCCCACUCCAGGCAGAGAAGGCUGCAUGAACAGCUCAAGACAUCAAAGGCCUUUCUGUUCAUACAUGAGGGAAUUAGCUUCAUUAUGAGCCUGAUCAUCCUAAGCCAUAAAGUCAGUUCUGUCAAGUGCAGGAUCUACUCAACUGACUUGUCAGCUCAGCACCAUAAAACCCAGCCUGGACUACCCUGUUGGUUUAAAGCCACUGCUGCACACAGGGUACCUAUGGCCAAGGGCAUGAGGAGGUGAGUGGUGGGAGCCCUGCAUGUCUUUGUGCAGGCAGAUGAUACACUUAUGACACCACUGAGUCAGUCCAAAACAGAAAGUGAAAAACAAAAACAGACUGUAAGGCAAAUGGCUCAAACACUGCUCCUUCUUCAAGGAGGCUUUUCCUUUUUCUAACACUGAGUCAACACAUCAACUAGAGGAAACACAGUUAUAAUGCCCUGUAUUUAGUGUAAAAUUAGUAUCUAUGGUUCUUAGGGUCCAUCAUCACAGCAGUUAAUUUCUAAUAAUCUUCAUCAUCCAGAGAUGUAAGGAGAUCUGUAGGUAAGUGAUAUAGAGACACAUGCAGCCAGGGCUACAGAGGGAGGUGGCACCUCUGGCAGGGUUAGGUGGAAGUGAAGGGAUCCUUAAAAGACCUCAAGUCUUACAGCUUAUUAAUGGCAGUAAUUAAUGGUAUAUAUUAAUGGGAACAAAACACUCUGCUAUUACACGUCUAUAAACAUCACUCCCAAACAGAAGUAACCAAAUCAGUGUCCUGGGCAUCUGUAAGUUCUUUUCCUGCAGAUAUUCUGAUGAAACCCAGUAGUGCUGCUACCUUCAUGCAAAAAUAGGUGUCAUGGUACUAUAUACCCAGUGGUGCUAAAGCAAUGUGGUGUGGGUAGUCCCAAGACAAGCUAAGGGCCACCUGGAUUCCCUUUUAGACCUUACAGAUGUAGGAGAAAAGCUACAGAAAUCUCUAUUUCAUUUUUAACCAGCUCAAUAGGAAGGAUAUGCUUUUAUCUCUGUUGAACUCAACUUUACCUGGAUUGACUAGGGAAGCUGUUUCGUUUUUAUAAUGCACUGGCUGAAGUCUGUUUUCCUGCCUGGUGUUGCUUUUCCUUCUCCCCACUGUUCUGUGUGUAAUGUUCUGCCUCUGUCUUUACCUGGUUCUGGCUACAGGAGCCCUGCUUUGUUCCCAUUGAAAGGAGCCAUGGCUUGUAACCAGCAGCACACAGCAGUGGUGUACAGCUGUGCUGGGCUGUGUUUACUCCAGUUCCCAUCAGUGUGGUGUGCAGGGGUAGAAACUGCAUCACAGCAAACAUGACUGCGGAGACAGCAUCCACAUCACCGAGGUUGGCUUCCAGCACCAGGACUGGCUCCUGCAGGUUCCUGCCAAUUCAGGAUGUUUGAUUUUCUAUCAUUCUAUAAGGACAAACUGACAUUUUCAGUCUGUGCCUGUGAAUUCAUGCAAGAUCUCAAGGGUUGCACAGGCUCUGCCAGUGUUGCUUCUCUUCCUUUGCAGGAGCCUCUGAAAGGAGUUUGCAGAGUGCCAGACUCACCUGCCUGAUUACAGAGUAAUUAAUGAGCCACAGCUGGAUCCCCAGCUGCCCCUUCCCACCUCUCAUAGGCAAGGGGCAAGAGCUGUCAGUCACUCAGGGUCCCUCCCCAGACCACUUCUCCAUCUGCUAUAAAAAGGCAGGAAGCUGUGCUAGCAGCAUUGUGGGCUGUGUGGUUCUUUGUUGCUGGGUAUCUGCUUGUCUCCAUCAAAAGAGAAAAGCUAUAAUGGCCUCUGCUAUGCCUGACAAGGAAGAAGCUGCCAAGAGCUCCCCAGAGAUGAAGGAAGAGGAGCAGCAGGUUAUUUCUGAAACAAAAGAGCUGGUGUCAUCCACAGUGGCUGAUGCAAAGGAUGUUGCGAGCAGCAGAGUGGCAGAGGUGGUAGAUGCAACCAGGGAGGCCCUUCACAGUGGUGUGGAGGCUGCCAUAUCUGCAGUGACCAGCAGCGUGGGGAUGGUUAAGGACUUUAGAGUGAGCCAGGUGGCUGUAAGCAGAGCAGAAGCUGUGCUGGAGAUAAUAGGAGAAGAUGACUCUCUCCCCUUGGAAAAUGAAGAAUUAGCUAAACUUGCAGCCUCUGGGAAGGGUGCCGACAUGUCUUUGGAGCAGCAGCAGCAGAAGAGGAGGUAUUUUGUGCGGCUGGGGUCUCUCUCUGGUGAUCUUCUCCAGUUUGCCUACCUGCACUCAAAGUAUAAGAUUAAGCAGGUCUGGCAGGACAUGAGGGAGGCCCUUGGACAGCUUAACAGCAUCAUUGAUCUGAUUGAGGUGUUCAGGCAAGGAUUUGAUAAAAAGCUUCAGGAGAAGUUGGAAGAGCAACUGUGCCAGAUGUGGCUGGACUGGACUAGGAAGCUUCCUGAAGAGAGUGAGGAUAGAAGCUCUGCAAAGCCAGAGGUAUCUACCCGGGAAGGAAAGCAAAGGGAGAUGGAGUCUCUGGCCCUGCUCCUGGCACGUAGCAUCACACAACAGCUGCAAAUCACCUCCUCUAAAGUUGUGGCUGCAAUCCAGGGCCUUCCCUCAAGCCUUCGGAGAAAGUUGAAACACUCUUUUAAGACCAUAGAGGAACUUCAUGCUUCUUUCUUGGCAGCAAAUUCCCUCCAUGACUUGUCCAGCACUGUCUUGGAGCAGAGCCAGCCGAGACUGGUUGUGAUUUAUGUAUACAUGGAGAAGCUGCUGGACUACCUGUCAGACAACAGGCCUCUCUCCUGGCUGGUGGGACCAUUCUCCCCUAUGGACUAGGCAGAAGCCUUGAAGGAGAAGGAUGCAGACACAAGUUGAUGAGGAUAUUGAAGCUCCACAGGUCUGACUGGCAUGAGUUGCCUGGUGGUUGGUCUUGGCCUUACAUACUCGACUUUUUAGCUGAAAGUGGCAUUGACACAUCUUGGAUGCUUUUUUUUGGAUACUAGUGAGUAAGUCUGCAGCAGCUUCAAAGGGAGGUGGUGGAAUUAGCAGUUUCACUGUGUGGUGCCCAAGGCUGGAAGUAUAGAUCUAAAGGUCUUCAAUGCUCCCACCUCCCUUGGAAGCUGAUUGUGGUAUGUCUCCAUCAGUGUAUCCAGAUGGUGCCAAUAUCCAAAGCAAUAAUUGUAUCUUUAUAUGGUAUGUGAUUUUAGGAAUUCCUCCUAGAAGCUGCUUGUACUGGGUACCCUACUUAAAAUAAAACUAUUGCAUGCAGAAACUCA